AUGUCUCUUGAAGAAGGCAAGCGUAAGCGCUCCAACAUAAAGCGCAACAUUUCGCGUAUUAAAUCGAUCGUCGAAGCGGCGAGGGAGUCAGAUGAUAAACUUACCAAUGCUGAGCUUCAAUGUCGACUAGGAAUACUGGAAUCUUACUUCAAGCAGGCCUUAUCCGUCCAAGCUGACAUUGAGGAUUUAGAUCCACUUGACAACGGCCGCGCAGAUCUGGAAGAUAGCUACGUAGCAGUUAAGCUAAAUAUUCAAGCGCAACUGGGAGAAGAUGCUAACGGUACAGUGCACUUUCCCGAAACGUCAACACCAGCAGUUGUUAAGCCCUCGUCGCAUCUGCCAAGACUAACAUUGCCAACAUUUAGCGGCGAUUACGCAGACUACAACAAUUUUAUUACGUCAUUUACCCAGAUCAUUGCUCGCGAACCAAGGCUGUCGAACAUAGAAAAAUUUAACUACCUGUUGACUUGUUUAAAGGGUCCCGCGCUAGAAACGGUUCAUGCAUUCCAAGUCACUAGCGAAAACUAUCCGAAGGCUUUGGAUAGGCUCAAGCAACGGUUCGACAACCCAACGUUAAUUUUUUUGGAAGGUAUUGCCUCACUGUUCGCAUUACCGGCACUGGAAAGGUCGAACGCUCAACAACUGCGCAGUUUAAUAGACAAGGCAUCGGCAAUUUUUAGCUCCUUGGAGUCAGUAGGAACGUUUGCAAACAUCGCACAUGCAUUGCUAAUUAACAUUGUGAUGGGCAAGUGUGAUCAGCAAACCAGGAGCAAAUGGAACGAGUCUCUGGACUACAAGUCGCUUCCAACUUGGUCACAGUGCACUCAAGUCGUGGAACGACAUUGUCAGUUCUUGCACUCAUGCGAGGCAUCGUCACAACGAAAACCCGAGUCUGUUCCAACCAUAAACUCGUCAGUUGUUUGA